CUGGCUGGUGACGUAGCGGUCGGGGGCCAUGUGACUGUCAUCAGCAUUUGGCGGUUGUGAGGAGGAGGUGGUAGAGGUGACCCUGGAGCAGAAUGGCAGAGCCCAUUAAAGUUCUCGUGACCGGUGCUGCUGGUCAGAUUGCCUAUUCCCUUCUCUACACCAUUGUAAAGGGCGAUGUUUUCGGAAAAGAUCAGCCCCUCAUUCUUGUGCUGCUUGAUAUUACACCAAUGCUGCCGGUGCUGGAAGGUGUCGUGAUGGAAAUUUGCGAUUGUGCUCUUCCACUAGUCCGGGAGGUCAUUUCAACUGACAAAGAGGAGGAAGCUUUCAAGGACAUUGAUGUGGCGAUUCUGGUGGGCUCUAUGCCAAGACGGGAGGGCAUGGAAAGGAAAGACCUGCUCCAAGCGAAUUCCAAGAUAUUCAAAUCCCAGGGGUAUGCUUUAGACAAGCUGGCCAAGAAGACAGUCAAGGUUCUUGUUGUGGGAAACCCAGCUAAUACCAAUUGUUUGACUGCAAUUAAGUGUGCGCCAUCGAUUCCGAAAGAGAACUUCUCUUGCUUGACUCGUUUGGAUCAUAACCGAGCAAAAGCUCAGAUUGCAUACAGGUUGGGCGUGCCUUCUAAUGAUGUAAAGAAUGUUAUCAUCUGGGGCAAUCAUUCUUCUACUCAAUAUCCAGAUGUUAGUCAUGCUGUCGUAAAAGUUAAAGGAAAGCAGAUGAGUGUCCUUGAUGCUGUUAAGGAUGAUAGCUGGCUGCGGGGUGAUUUUAUCACUACUGUGCAGAAUCGUGGUGCUGCAGUGAUUAAGGCACGGAAACUCUCUAGUGCUAUGUCGGCUGCUAAGGCCAUUUCAGAUCACUUGAGGGACAUCUGGUUUGGCACUCCUGAGGGUGAAUGGGUGUCCAUGGGUGUGAUUUCCGAUGGAAACCCAUACAAUAUCCCCAAUGACCUGGUUUAUUCGUUCCCGGUUCAAAUCAAGAAUAAAGCUUGGAGUAUUGUCGAAUGCCUGAAAAUCAAUGACUUCUCCUGUGAAAAGAUGAAAGCUACUGCCAAAGAGCUGACCGAAGAGAAAGAAACAGCCUCUGAGUUUCUGUCAAGUGCUUGAGAAUCAUUGCCUAACCUAAAUACUAAUUGCUGUUGUGUAUGUUCAGUGUUUGUGGUAAAAGUAAUCAAGCUGUUUGGUUCUAUUAUCUCCAUAAAAAUCUUGUGUAAGGAAUCUUGAGCUGCACUGUAACAGUUAAUAUUCUGUUAAUAAUAACAUGUUAUUAUCCUAUAUAGGGAAGGCAUAAAAAUAAUAAAAUUAAUACCAGUAACCUCA